GCGGUGCCGGGGAUCGGGGGGGCCGGUCCCGAAGGAGCCCCCGGGGCAGUCCCCCCGGUUUGGGGCCGCUGCCGGAGCCGCGGGCGGUGCCGGGGGCGGAGCCGAUCCCGAUCCCGGAGCUGAUCCCGGUGCUGAUCCCGAGCCCGGAGCUGAUCCCGAUCCCGGUGUCGGGGCAUGGCGGGCCUGGGCUCCCCCGAACUGGGCACCGGCCCCGGCCCCGUCCCGGCCACCCGCGUGGAGAUCACCGUGUCCUGCAGGCAGCUCCUUGACAGGGACACCUUCUCCAAGUCGGACCCCUUGUGUGUGCUCUACACGCAGCGCCCGGGCUGCCACCAAUGGCGGGAGUUCGGCCGGACCGAGGUCAUCGACAAUUCCCUGAAUCCCGACUUCCUGCGCAAGUUCGUGCUGGAUUAUUGCUUCGAGGAGCGCCAGAGCCUGCGCUUCGACCUGUACGACGUGGACUCCAAGAGCCCCGACCUCUCCAAGCACGAUUUCCUGGGCCAGGCCUUCUGCACCCUGGGGGAGAUCGUGGGCUCUGCCGGGGGCCGCCUGGAGAAACCCCUGACGAUGGGCACGACCGCCCACCCGCGGGGUGGAAAAGCCGCUCCUGCCUCUUCCAGCGGGGGAAUUCCCGGGAAGAAAUGCGGGACCAUCAUCCUGAGGGCUGAAGAGCUGGGAAACUGCCGGGACGUGGCCACGCUGCAAUUUUGUGCCAACAAGUUGGACAAGAAGGAUUUUUUUGGCAAAUCCGACCCUUUCCUGGUGUUCUAUCGGAGCAACGGGGAUGGCACUUUCACGCUGUGCCACAAGACCGAGGUCGUUCGCAAUUCCCUCAAUCCGGUGUGGGCGGCGUUCGCCAUUCCCGUGCGCGCGCUCUGCGGGGGGGACCGCGACCG